CCCAACAGUGGUACGAUGAACUCGCGAUGAUAUUAUCAAAACUCCGCUUCAAGCCCGUCCAGAUGAGCGAAUACAGCAUGAGUCGGCAACGACAGCAACACGAAGAAGGGAUUCCCAUACCAAUUGAACAAAGGGUGCCGCAGCAUACAGAGGGUCUAUCAAACGGAGGCUUCUCGCCCCAGGUCCAGUCCAUUCUGUUCAACCGGCUUCACACUGAAUUGCGGUUAAUGAUCUGGAGAUGGGCCAUUGGAGACCAGAAGAUCCACAUUGUAUCCAAGUACAGGAGACUUGGGCAUGUUGUGUGCAAUGAGGAAUACUGGGAACAAAUUCGAUCAGAGAGACCGAAUCUUCGAGCAUCCUCGUACAUGUUCGUCUACGGUUCCCUUCCAACCACCAAGCAGCUGGCAGACUGGAGCAUGAACGAUCUUCUUGUUGUUUGUCGGAAGGUGUAUGACGAGGCGAUCUCCAUCCUAUACCAAAACAACACAUUCGUCUUCUGGGAUUUAAGAACGAUUACAAUUUUCAGAGACGGCAUCCGUCCACAACGCUGGGAAUCUAUUCGCACAGUCAAUAUAUAUGCGAUGACCUACCGCGAAGACGACAAUGCAGCAGCUGUGCAUGUGAGAAGCCGUCUCGAAUGCAUCCAUUGGCCACGAUCUUGCUGUGCACUUUUGUCGCUACCCAACCUAAGGUCUCUGCGUAUCUUCAUAGGCGACGCACACUACUUCGAGGGGGAGGAUUCCAAUGAGGGGGAAUGGCGCGGUGGGUACCAAGGGGCAGUACCUGCUUUGAUGCAUCUGGUAGGAAUCGGUGCGAAUUGUGAAAUUACAUUCCCUGAGAAAGAGGCCAAGCAGCGCCAAAACAAGUGGGGACUGCGUGGAAUCAAAGGUGAAGAAGGUGGGCGGUUGGAGCACCAACUGCAAGAGGGCGGGAUCAAAUGUAGAGUUUACUCCGGGGAUGACUUCUUUUGGUAA